AUGGUGAUGGAAAACGUCUCUUCCUCUUCGCUGUUCUCAACCAACUCCACCACUCAGCAUGAAAACUCCACUGUGUCCAAUUACUUCUCUGGCCUCCAAAAGAGCAUGCAUAUCCUUUCCAUGGUGGUCUACAGCCUUGCGUGUCUGCUGGGGGUGACGGGCAAUGGCCUUGUCAUCUGGAUUGCUGGCUUCAAGAUGAAGAAGACAGUAAAUGCCGUGUGGUUUCUAAACCUGGCUGUUGCUGAUUUCAUCUUCACCUUUUUUCUGCCCUUCAGCAUCGCCUACACUGCCCUGGGCUUUCACUGGCCAUUUGGGAAGCUCCUGUGCAAACUGAACAGCACCAUUGCCUUCCUCAACAUGUUUGCUAGCGUCUUCCUCCUAACAGUGAUCAGCAUAGACCGGUGCAUUUCGGUGAUUUGCCCUGUGUGGUCUCAUAACCACCGGACACCAAAGUUGGCUUCCAACAUUGCCCUGGUCACAUGGGUCCUAGCCUUCAUCAUCAGCUCUCCGUAUCUUGUUUUUCGAGACACGGCUACUAAUUCGAAGAACGUCACCAGCUGUUACAAUAACUUUGCCCUGUCUGAUGACUAUAAAUCUGAGGCGACACGUCGGCUGUGGAGAAUGAGGCACAAAGCUAUGAUCGUAACCAGAUUCUUAUGUGGGUUCCUCAUCCCCUUCACCGUGAUCCUUAUCUGCUACAGCAUCAUUGCCGUCAGGAUGAAAAGGAGCCAUCUAGCCAGGUCCACUAAGCCUUUCAGGAUCAUUGUUGCUGUCACAGUGUCUUUUUUCCUCUGCUAUUUCCCGUACCAUGUCUUCUGCUUGCUGGAAAUGUCUAAAAACUCUUCCAAUCAGGAGCUGAAAAUGGCCCUUUACAUAGGGAUCCCCUUGGUUUCCAGUCUUGCCUUCUUCAACAGCUGUAUCAACCCCAUCCUCUAUGUCUUUGUGGGGCAGGACUUCAAGGAGAAGUUCCGACAGUCCAUCCUCUCUGCCUUCGAGGGGGCCUUCAGUGAGGACUCCAUCCUGACCACCCUGGCCAGCAAGAGAAAAUCCAGAGCCACUUCUGAAGCAGAAGUUGCGGGGGUUUAA